UUGAAGUUUCCUGGAGUGCUGCAGCCCCGACCUGCGCAGGAUGGACCCUGUUGUUCUCAGUUACAUGGACAGUUUGCUGAGGCAGUCGGACGUCGCCUUGCUGGAGCCUCCAAACUGGCUUAACGAUCACAUCAUCGGGUUUGCCUUUGAGUACUUCGCCAACCACCAGUUCCAAGAAUUUAGCGAUCAGGUUUGUUUUAUCAGCCCCGAAGUGGCUCAGUUCAUUAAGUGUGCCCUUAGUCAAGAAGAAAUAGCCAUAUUCCUUCAACCGCUGGACCUUCUCCACAAGAAGCUGGUGUUCUUGCCUAUCAAUGAUAACUCCAACCAGGUCGCUGGGGGCACCCACUGGAGCUUACUGGUUUAUUUCAGGGAUAAAAAGUGCUUCGCCCAUUACGAUUCCCACAGUAAAUGCAACUCCGUCCACGCCAAGCAAGUGGCGGGGAAGCUGGAGGCCUUCUGGGGCAAAAGAGGGGGCAAAGCAACCUUCGUGGAGGAGAAGGCGCCUGCCCAGCAGAACAGCUAUGACUGUGGGAUGUACGUCAUCUGCAACGCGGAGGCUCUGUGUCAGGGAUACUUCAGGGGCCGGCCGGAGCCUUUGCUGCAGCUCCUCACUCCCUCCUACAUCACGCAGAAGAGGUCGGAGUGGAAAGCUCUCGUCACGAAACUGGCACAGAAGUGAUCGAGAUGCAGCUCCAGCCCCCCCCCCC